UGGGCAGACGAGCCUCCCGUCCUGGCCUCACACCCGGCGGAGCCGAGGGAGCUUGGCGCACUCACAGGAAGAGCUUCCGGGCUGCAGCUCCAGCCGCGCCAAGGCCCAGGACUGACCCUCAGGGAGCUCGGCGCUCUUUCCCAGCGCCCCCUCCGCAGAAGGAGGGAGCCCCAGAGGGGAGGCGGCUUCUCGGGGAGCUUCUGCCCCGGCCUCCGGCCCCCCGGGCAGAACGCCUCCCAGUGACGUCACGCCCGGCAUCCGUCUCCCGGCUGCUGAGCCGCGGGGCAUGCCGGGAGUCCCUGAGCUCGGCUGGAACAGGACCCAAGCCCGUACCAGAGACAUGGCCCCCGGCAGUCAGAUUCCCUUGUCCCAGGAGUUGGUGACCUUCAAGGAUGUGAUGGUGGACUUCACUGAGGAGGAGUGGGGGCUCUUGGAUCCUUCUGAGAAGGAGCUAUACAAGGAGGUUAUGCUGGAGAAUGUCCAAAAUCUGCUGUCCCUAGAUGUGGAGCUCAACUUUGAAUGGAAUGAGAUGUCUAGAAAGCUGGGAAUUUUUUUGGAAGAACGUGACCUGCAAAGAUUCAUGAAGGAUGGUCCCUGUACCUUGACUUUGAAGGAAAUCCAUGAAUCUAACCUAGAAAUAGAUAACUCGAAGUCUGACUGUAAAUUGGAUAAAAAUAGAAAGAGAGUCUAUCAAUCUCCUUUCCUAAAUCAAUAUAAGAAAAUGAAUUCAGGAAAUAAGUGGCUUCUGGAUAGUGAAUAUCAGAAAGGUUUUCCCGAACAGGCAGAGCUCUUUGAUUCCCAGGAGAAUCAUGCUGAAGUACUAAUGAAUCCAGAUAAUCAAUGGGAAAUGGCCUACAGCAAGAGUUCAGACUUCACUAGACAUCAGAAAAAUGAUCAUGGGGAAAUGUUUUGUGUGGUUAGUCAGUGUAGAAAGGCUUUGAGUCAGACCUCUAAGCUCAUUACUCAGCAGGCAAUUCACAUAAGAAAGCAACCUGAUGACUAUAAAGAAUGUCAAGCAAUGUCAUCCCAUAAUUCAUCUCUUCCUUACCAAUCUAGAGUUGACCCCAGAAUGAAACAACCUUUAUUUGGUGAGUAUGGGAUGACCUAUGGUUGGAAUUCAGACUUUGAUAGAGCUCAGAAGAUUCAUCCUGGAGAGUUUUAUAAAUAUAAUGAAGGUGGAAAGAUAUUCACACAGCGAUUCUUUCUAGCUGUACCUAAGGGAAUCCACACUGGUGAGAAACCUUUUGAAUGUAAUCACUGUGGAAAGGCUUUUGCAUCUAGUUCCACUCUUAGUAAGCAUCGGAGGAUCCACACAGGAGAAAAGCCUUAUAAAUGUAAUCAAUGUGGAAAGGUUUUCAGAUUUCAUUAUGUGCUUGCAGAACAUCAGAGAAUCCACACAGGAGAGAAACCAUACAAAUGUAUUCAUUGUGGAAAGGCUUUCACCCAGACUGCAGGUCUUGCUUUACACCAGAGAAUCCACACUGGUGAGAAACGUUUUAAAUGUAAUCAAUGUGGAAAGGCUUUCACACGGAGUGCCAGUCUUGCUGAACAUCAGAGAAUCCACACAGGAGAAAAGCCUUAUAACUGUAUUCAAUGUGGAAAGGUUUUCAUAACAAGAGCCAGUCUUGCUUUACAUCUGAAAAUCCACACUGGAGAAAAACCUUAUAAAUGUAAUCAAUGUGGAAAGGCUUUUAUAAAGAGAGCCAGUCUUGCUGUACAUCAGAGAAUCCACACAGGUGAAAAGCCUUAUAAAUGUAAUCAUUGUGGAAAGGCUUUCACAUGCAAGGGAGAUCUUAGCAGACAUCAGAAAAUCCACACUGGAGAGAAACCUUUUAAAUGUAAUCAAUGUGGAAAGGCUUUCAUGAGAAAUUACAUGCUUGCAGAACAUCAGAGAAUCCACACAGGAGAAAAGCCUUAUAAAUGUAUUCAUUGUGGAAAGGCUUUUAUAACAAGAGCCAAUCUUGCUUUACACCAGGGAAUCCACACUGGAGAAAAACCUUAUAAAUGUAAUCAAUGUGGAGAGGCUUUCAGAAGAAAUUAUAUGCUUGCAGAACAUCAGAGAAUCCACACAGGAGAAAAGCCUUAUAAAUGUAUUCAUUGUGGAAAGGCUUUCAUAACAAGAGCCAGUCUUGCUUUACAUCAGAGAAUCCACACUGGAGAAAAACCUUAUAAAUGUAAUCAAUGUGGAAAGACUUUCAGAAGAAAUAAGAAGCUUGCAGAACAUCAGAGAAUCCACACAGGAGAAAAGCCUUAUAAAUGUAAUCAAUGUGGAAAGGCUUUCAGAUGUAAUUACAAGCUUGCAGAACAUCGGAGAAUCCACACAGGAGAAAAGCCUUAUAAAUGUAAUCAAUGUGGAAAGGCUUUCACAAACAGUUCCAAUCUUGCUUUACACCAAAGAAUCCACACUGGAGAGAAACCUUUUAAGUGUAAUCAAUGUGGAAAGGCUUUCACAUGCAAGGGAGAUCUUGGCAAACAUCAGAAAAUCCACACAGGAGAGAAACCUUUUGAAUGUAAUCAAUGUGGAAAGGCUUUCAGAUUCAAUUAUGUGCUUGUAGAACAUCAGAGAAUUCACACUGGAGAGAAACCUUAUAAAUGUAAUCAAUGUGGAAAGGCUUUCAUAGCUAGAGCUGGUCUUGUUUUACAUCAGAGACUCCACACAGGAGAAAAACCUUAUAAAUGUAAUGAAUGUGGAAAGGCUUUCACACAGAGUGCCAGUCUUGCUUUACACCAAAGAAUCCAUACUGGAGAGAAACCUUUUAAAUGUAAUCAAUGUGGAAAAGCUUUCAUAAGUAAUUACAGGCUUUCAGAACAUCAGAGAAUCCACACUGGAGAGAAACGUUAUAAAUGUAAUCAAUGUGGAAAGGCUUUCAUAAGUAAUUACAGGCUUUCAGAACAUCAGAGAAUCCACACUGGAGAAAAGCCUUAUAAAUGUAUUCAUUGUGGAAAGGCUUUCACAUGCAGUGCUAAUCUUGCUUUACACCAAAGAAUCCACACGGGAGAAAAGCCUUAUAAAUGUAAUCAUUGUGGAAAGGCUUUCAGACGUAAGUACAAACUUACAGAACAUCAGAGAAUCCACACUGGAGAGAAACCUUAUAAAUGUAAUCAAUGUGGGAAAGCUUUUACACGAAAGACGAAUCUUACAACACAUCAGAGAAUCCACACAGGAGAGAAAACUGUAUAAAUUUGAUCAAUGUGGAAAAGCUUACAUAAAGAGAAUCAUUCUUUCUUUAUAUCACAGAAUCCACAGAGGAAAAAAGCCUUAUAAUCAGUGUGGAAAGGCUUUCACAUGCAAGGGAGAUUGUUAUGGGCUAGAACUACUUGAAACAAAGGAUUCUUAAAAGGUAUUAAGUCAGUGGGAUUGAUAGAGACAAUAGUUAC